CCUCAUUUCAUUUCAUUUCAUCCCGCUUCCAUGCUAAAUUCCAUGUGCCGUCUGAUGAUUGCUGCAUAUGCAUGCUUUGUUUAUUUUCUCUUCUGCAUCAAUCCUGGCGAUGUUAGAUUCUCCCCUCCAAGUCAAUGUGUUGCAUAUGCACCGUGGUUUCUCUCUCUGAUUUGGUCUUCACUCGUCAGUUUGGCCAUUACCCCCAUGUUCUAUUUCAGCACGCACGAGCUAUGAGCCUAUGGCUGGACACGUCUCACGAAAGUUCAUGGAGAACUGUUCAUACUCAUUGGUCAUCGCUCAAUGAUAACAAAUAAAAAAAGAACAAAGACUCCGAUCACCCACGGUUGCUGCACUGAAUUUACCAGCGGCGAGCUGUGAGAUGGAAUUAUGCGAUUGGGCGGCUCUAAACUACGCUUUCCCCCUUUUAUCGCCAUCUGUCUGUCCUCCCUUUCCAUUUAUUUUUAUCUUUUCACGGAGCCGAGGAGGAAGCGACCAAGUUUUCAAAUCAGUGCCGCAUGUGACCGUGACUGUUCGCAGAUAGCUCCAUGCGCAAGGGCUGUCCCGUUCUUGAGCUCGGAGCCAAGGAGGACAGGCAGGUCCACUUGUUGCCUAACCCGCAUCUGUAAAGCAAAGCACUCCCCCCCUCCCUCAUCACUCAUCAGUCAUCGCCCUCUGCCCUUUUGAUCCCGCCCGUGCUUGCCUACGCGGCGGAGGAGAUUAUGUUAAGCUAAUGCUGCGGCCCCCCUUUCCUCGGCUCCCGUCCCAGCUCGGCGUUGCUCCUCCCCUCCUCUUCUUGUCGGCCUCUUGCGCUUUCCGGGCCUCGGAUUCUUUGUUGUGCUCCCCCAUUGCGUCUUGCUGCUUCUCCGCUUUGCAUCUGGGUUGAGCUGGAGCAUCGAUCCGCCUUGCUCAGCGGGAGGCGGCUUCAGAUACAAUCCACCGCGCUCUUUAGUUUGGUUCCCCCAUCAGAGCUUUGAAUCAGUUCUACUCGAUUUGGAUUUUGGAGUCUCCCAAAGCGAAAGUUUUCCCCUUUCUUUUGGCUUGCAUUUGGCAUUUUUGACAUGAGGAGCGCCGCUGAAAUUUCCUCCCUGUUCUAAGCAUGCUAUCCUUGAACAAAAUGCAUUUUCUCAAGUUGUAUACCAGCAGCAACAGCUCCAGGAAUGGCUCCGUGGAACACCCCACUCGGACGUCCUCCCAGGGAAGCAACAAGGCCGGCCGGACGGGGAGGCUGGCCGAGUCGCCCACCGGACUCAGCCUCAAGGUCGACCGCCGCUCGCCGAUGAGCGCCGAGAGAGAGAAAAGGAGGCCACCGACGACGAAGCUGUCAGAGCUGGAGUCCCAGCUGUCGCAGCUGCAAGACGAGCUCAAGAAGGCCAAGGAGCAGCUCCACUCCUCCGAGGUCUCCAGGAAGCGGGCCCUGCAGGAGGCCGACGACGCCAGGGCCCAGGCCGCCGCGGCGUCCGCGCAGGUGCGCAACUCCGAGGCCCAGCUCGCCGAGCUCUCGUCCGCCGAGGAAGCCCGCCUCCUGGAGCUGCGCCGGCUGUCGCAGGAGCGCGACCGGUCGUGGCAGUCGGAGCUGGAGGCCCUGCAGAAGCAGCACGCCGCGGACUCGGCCGCGCUGGCCGCGGCCAUGGGCGAGGUGCACCGCCUCCGCGUGCAGCUCGCCGCCGCGGCGCGCGCCGACCACCGGCAGGACGUGGUGGAGGCGCUGGCCACCAUCGACGAGCUCAGGGUCAAGCUCAAGGCGAGCGAGGAGGCCGAGGCGCAGGCGCGCGCCAUGCACGAGGAGUGCAAGCAGCAGCUGGAGGCGAGCCGGGCUACGAUCGACUCGCUGCUGACCGACGGCUCCAAGCUGAUGGACUCCUUCAGCCUCGUGGUCAAGGAGCUCGAGGAGUCGCGCGCCAAGGCCAAGGCUCUCGAGGAGGAGAUCGCCGAGGCGUCGUCAAGAGCCGCCAGCGAGCGCUGCAACUGCUCGGGCUCGGAAGCCGCCGAGCUGAGGUCGGAGUUGGAGGCCGCGGAGGCCAGGUAUCAAGAAGAGAAGAUCCUUAGCACCGUGGAGACGCAGUGCGCGUACGAGCUCAUGGACCAGAUAAAGACUGAAUCCGACCUGCGGCACGGCAAGCUCGCCGCGGCACUCGAGAGCGCCAAGUCCGAGGUCAUCUUCCUCAAGGCGAGCCUGUUCGACAAGGAGUCCGAGCUACGGCGCGCCCUGGACGCGAACCAGAAGCUGCAGGCCGAGGCGAGAGCGGACACGUCGGCAGACGCGCUGAAAGAGCAGCUGCAGGGCGCGCUGCAGGAGAACGGGCAGCUGAAGCAGGAGCUACGCCAGUACGAGUCCGAGAAGGGCUCCGCGACGGCGAGGACGCCGGAGGCCGACGCGGCGGAGGCGGCGAAGAAAGGGGAGAUGGAGACCGAGCUCCGCCGCCUGCGGGUGCAGGCCGAGCAGUGGCGGAAGGCCGCGGAGACGGCCAUGGCGCUGCUGACGGUGGGCAAGGGCGGGAACGGCAAGGUCGUGGAGCGGAGCGAGUCGUGGGAGGGCGGCAAGUACGCGGGCCUGUGCGAGGACUUGGAGGACGACGCGGCGGCGAGGAAGAACGGCAACGUGCUGAGGAGGAUCAGCGGGAUGUGGAAGAAAUGAGGGGCGAUCGGCCAGCUGAGCGGCGGCGGCGUGGCUUGUACCGCUGCUCCACGGAGCCCUGGGUCUCUCUGGUGUAAUUGUUUUGCCGGGUCGUGUGGUGUAAAAACAUAGAGUGCUGUACUGGUUGGGGUAAAACAUGCUCAUAUCAUAGCUGUAUUAUACAACGUGGAAUAUGGAGGAUCAAUUCAUCCGGGUGUGACAGGUCGUGGUAGGGAUCACUUAUAGUUGCAUUGAACAGUGAUUAGCCAUCAAGAAUUCGAGUU